AUGCUCAGCACCAAGACUGGCUCUAUCGUUGGCCUUAUUUCAGGCGUGAUUUCAAUCAUCGAGGCAACCAAAACCCUAUACGAUGUCACCAAAGAUGCGAAAGAUCAGCGAGAGGCAUUUCGCCAGGCGGCGGCACCACUGCCACUAGUCAUCGAAGUCCUCCACAGCGCGAAACAGAGAGCACAGACUCUCGACGAGGUGGCACAAGAGACAUUGGAGCCUAUUCUGGAGUCAUGCAAAGCGAAGGCUAAAAAGCUGAAGAAAAUAUUCCAGAGGGUUAUUCCGAAGGAUGACGACAAGCAGUACGACCGAUACACGAAAGCCCUCGAUGCAUUGGGGAAAGGAGAUAAAGUGGAGUAUUUGAUGGAAGGGCUAUUGAAAGAUAUCCAAGUGCUUGCAUGCGAGACGCUGAUAGGAACCGCUACCGAUGCCCAAGUGAAAGAGAUCGAUGAGGCUAUCAAAACGAUGAAGGAAAUGCCUUCACUUGCAGCCGAAGAUGAAGCUGAGGGCUUCGGUAUGCGUCUCGGGAAAUAUCCAUAUAGCAACAUGUUCAGCAUGCCCCGUUUCAGGCAUUUGGUCCCUAUCGGGGACUUGGGAUCAAGCGAUCAAAGCGAGAGCCUAGUAGGAUUUUUUAACGGUGCCCAAGUGAAGGAGUCCGAAGAGGCGAUCAAGGCAGUAAAGGAACUGCCUUCCCCUCUUACAGAUGAAGCUCGGGGCCUUGAUACGAAUCUCUGGAGCUGCGUUAACAUCAAUAAACCACGGAGGGAUAUUGUUCCGAAUUACAAUGAUGGUGGGUUCACAAAUGAAUUCCUAGCUUUACAAAUGCCGCUGCUGACCGGUUUAUCCCCGGAGCAGAUCAUUACUGUCGGCGGGACGACUGAUCCCCGGGACGACAAGAAGCGUAUCGAGAAGACAAAUGGUGGCGUGCUAGAGAACUCGUAUCGCUGGAUCCUUAGCAGCGCCGAAUUCCUACGAUGGUGCCAUGACAAAAGUAGGCUGCUGUACAUCAAGGGCAAUCCUGGCAAAGGCAAGACGAUGCUGCUCUGCGGCAUUGUCAACGAAAUGAGCCCCUCGACAAGAUUGAGAGACAAGGAUUCAACUACGCUGCUGUCGUACUUCUUCUGCCAGGUCACCGAUUCGCGCCUAAAUAAUGCGACGGCCGUGCUCCGCGGCCUUAUCUACCUGCUUAUCGACCAGCAACCAUCGCUUGUCUCGCACGUGCUGAAGCAGUACGGACAGGGGGCCAAAAGACCCUUCGAGGGCCUAAACGCCUGGAAGCCUUUGUCUGUGGUCUUUGAAAACAUUUUGCAAGACCCGGGCUUGAAAAGCACCUACUUGGUCGUUGACGCCCUCGACGAAUGCGAAACAGACCUGCCUAAGUUUUUGAAUCUAGUUGUUCAAAGUGCCUCAACAUCCUCUCGCGUCAAAUGGAUCGUGUCAAGCUGUAACAAGCCUGAUAUCGAAGCGCAACUGAGACUUAACGAUACUCAAGUAAGGCUUAGCCUUGAGCUUAACUCAGCCCAUGUUUCUCGUGCUGUUAAGAUGUUUAUCGAUUUCAAAGUGUCCCAGCUUCCAUUCAUCGUGGACGAUAGUACACUACAAGAGCAAGUCCGAGAUCAAAUAUACGCUAAAGCCAAUGGGACUUUUCUGUGGGCAGCCCUUGUUUUGAAGGAGCUAGAGCGUGUGGAAAGCUGGAACGUACUCGAUGUACUUCGGGAAUUUCCGCCCGAGUUAGACCCGCUAUACGAACGGAUGAUACGACAGAUUCAACCACUGCAGCGCAAUGAUCCUGAAUUAUGCCGUCUCGUCCUUUGCACUAUGGCUCUCUCAUACCGCCCACUUCUCCUCCUCGAGUUAGAGACCCGCUCUGGUCUGCCUAAGCAAAUAUCCAACAAUCUUGAGAAUGUUAAGCGGGUUGUUGAUAAAUGCCGCUCGUUCCUCACCAUGCAGGAGGAUCACGUGUAUUUCGUUCAUCCAUCGGCAAAGGACUUUCUACUUGGAAAGGCACUUAACGAGAUGCUUCCUAGCAGCACCUCCGCCUUGUCCUUGAAUCCUGUCGGUGUAGGGAGGGCAGCAGAGCGGGAAGUUGAAAACUCUAGCCUUCCUAACAUACUAUAUCGACUUCAUUUGGGUAUGCUUCGGCUUCUACGACCCAGGCUAGAUGCUGGACACCGACGACUAGAAUGGCAAUGUAAUUGCGGUAUGCCGCUCUAUGGCGACUUUCGAGGUGACAAUAAUGAAAUUGAUAAACUUGUGAUGGAGAUGCAAGCCCAUGGAUUUCUUGUCACACAAAGUGGUCACGGAGCAACGCGAUUGCUAGCAGACUCCAGACAAACCACUGCAUCAAAUUCUGCACCCCUAGCCCCUCCGAUAUCCAACACGUCUCAGGCAACACGGAGCUCUUCUAUCUAUACAUCUCAAGGAGUUGGCGUUAUGCCAAACACGACUGUCGGUGGUAUCGAUACAGCAGCCUUUCAGUCAACAUCUACGGGUGCGGGUCGAAAAUUCGUGGCAUUAUGUGUCAGCAGCGGCCCAUUCAAAAAAACUUACGAUGAGGUCGACAUAUCCUCCAUCCCCAAGGAUACCCAGAUGUUCCGUGGCUUCAAACUGGCAUACGAAGCAUGCCGCAGCUCUCGCAUGAACGUGAUCAGAAAAUGGCUCAUCAAACCAGUUAAUAUUAACUACACCCAAUUCGCAGUCGGAAUCCUUAAACGCGUCUACCCUAUCGCCGGCCCCCCAGAUUGUACGAUUUGCGCGCACGCGGAGAACAAGGAUGACCUAGUUGACAUGCGUAGAUAUGAGCGUCAACCUGCUGCGUCGUCUCUCACUCAUCCUCCCAUUCCCCCGGACCUAUUUUUCCACUUGUGGGAGUGUCCGAGGGGGUUUACUCCGGCAAUGCAGUCGAUGUGGCUUAAUCGCCUGCCGACGAAGCUUUAUGAGAAGCUAGAUAAAGUAUGCCUGGGAACACGGCCAGAUGGUGAAAUCAUUCUCGGGUGGGGCGUCUUGGUCAUUGAAGGUAUAAAUAAGCGGAGUGUCUUGCGAUGGACUGGAGGUAUACUUGCACUUGCUAUAGUCAUCUCUACGGUCUACUCAGCUAUAACGGGCGAUGUGUCGUCUGGGUUUGCGAUUGGUGCUCUUAUAGUAGCAUGCUGGGCGGUUUUCGUAACAUCACUUUGCACUGAGUUUCAAGAAAGUUAA